AUCUUAAGUUUGAUGACUGGAGGAUCCGGAUGAAGGCACAUCUCUGUGCCCUUCAUGAUGAGAUGUGGGAAGUACUGGACAUUGGGCCAUUCACAAGCUUCCAGAAGGUCAACCCUGAGCAUGCUAUAGAUAACACCAGACCUCUGAUGAUCAAUAAAGCCAAAUCUGAGUGGACCACUGAAGAAAGGAGAAAGUAUAAUCUGGACAACAUUGCAAAAGAUAUUCUCUACAAGUCCAUAGAUGAUAGAUACUUCAACAGAAUAAAGAAGUGCAAGACUGCCAAGGAAAUCUGGGAUACACUUGAGCUCAUUGGAGCUGGGGAUGAGCAAGAGAAAGACAACAAGCUGACGAUAGCUAACAAGAAAUUUGAUGAUUUCAAGCUUCUCUCUGGUGAAAGCAUCUCCAAGAUGUAUGACAGGCUCCUCACCCAUACCGGAGAGAUUUCUGAGCUUGGCAAGGAACUCACCACCAAGGAGAUCAACCUCAAAGUGUUGAGAGGUCUUCCUUGAGCAUGGAAGAUGAAGGUGGUUGCUGUUCAAGCCAGCAAGGAUGUGAAGACCUACCCCACAGACAUGCUCAUCUCAGACCUCAAAGCUCAUGAGUUCGAGAUGAUUGAAGAAAAGGAGGAUGUACCAGAAGAAAGGACAACUAUAGCCCUCACAGCUAGUACAUCUAAGGUAAAUGAUUUUGACCCUUCAAUCCUUUUAUCUGACGAAUAUAUGGCUGCUUUUGCUAGGAGAUUCAAGAAGUUUCUGAAGAAUCCCACAGAUGGAAGAAGUCCAUCUUCCAGCAGAAAGCCAUUCCAGAAACCCAAAGCAACAGAGAGCAGUGGUGAGCUUCUCUGUUACAACUGCAGACAACCUGGACAUUUCAAGGCAGAUUGUCCACAUCCAAGAGUAUCCAAGAGACAAGGGCAUGAUGGAGAAAAGAAGAAAUUUGAAGACAAUACCAGAAGGAGGAAAGCACUCGUCACAGAACAACUUGACAAAGACCUUUCUGAGACAGAAUCCAGUUCUGACUCUGAUUCUGAUAAGGCCUUAUGUUGCCUUGAUACCGAGACAGAUGACCUAUGCCUCAUGGCUCAUUCUGAUGAUGAGGGAAGGACGUCCAUGAAGGUGUUCUCAACUAUCUUGAUUGCAAGCUUUCACCCAUUUGGGCAUCCUAUCAAAGAGUUGGGAACCUCACAGAGAUUAGAGAAGAACUCAAUGCUGAAUUGAAACGGCUUCAAGGGAAAAUCUGUAAAGGACCACCCCUACCCUUUCCCUUAAUAAAAGAACAUCUCUGCCUUUCACUUUG